AUGGAGAACAAGCAACUGCUGCAGGGACCCAACGGAGGAAGCUUCUAUACCGUUCACGAAAGAAACGUGCAUGGUGAAAAUGUGAACAGACAGAUUGGUGAAGAGGGAAGUGCACAGAGAACGAUGCAGUCAAAUGAAGAGUUAGAAAAGACAGACAAAAUGCACCUAUCCAAGUGCAAAGUUGUAGAGUCAGACACAUUGGGUGGUCCAGGAGGGUUGAUCGAUGCGGGUGACUUAAUGGGUGAGAAGGAGAUGUUUUUUUUGGGCAGUUCGGCUACAUGUGCUGGGAGAAGUGUCGACGAGGGGGGCAGCGACCGGGACGAUGGGUUCCAUGUGGGUACCAUUCAUGCAGGCAUAAGUGUGAAAGAUGAUCAACGGAGCGGUCAGAAUUGUUCUGCCGAUAACUGGAGAAACGUGAAAGCGGACUGUUACGUGAGGGUUGAUCAGUCGAAUUAUCUGAGCAGUUCAGGUGAGGGAGUAACGAAGCAUGGGAAAGUAAAUCUCCCCUAUCUGAAUGGUAGAGAGGAUAUCCAUUACAAGUCGAAGGUAAUGACAGCAGAUCAUUCUAAUGACAAAACAGGGGAGGACCUACGCACCAUCAGUUAUGGUCACCAGGGAGGUUGUUACCUCAAUCUGAGGAAGAGUUCCCCCCCUUAUUGCACUGGCACACUGAAUGGAAGCGGCACAGAAAAUAGGAAACAAACGAACUUACCCAGUAACAGUCUUCACUGCGAUAAAAUGACCUUCACAUGCGAAGGAGUAAACUCAUAUGAAGGGAAGGUAGCCCUCCACCAACGUAACAGUGCCGAAUGGGGGAGUACCCCUAAAAUGCAGACAAAUGGGAAGGAGAGUCCACAUGGAGGAAGAACGAACUACACGAUGGUAGGCCCCCCCAACGAGGUGAACAAGAAUUGCUUUAUCCAUUCGGGGCGCUCUAAUGGGGAGAAGGGUGACCUCUACUUUGUUGAAAGGGGAAAGGUGCCUCUUCCAGACUGCGUAGAUGAUUACAAAAGCGUUCAUAACAACCGAGCGGAGGAGAGUACCAAUGGGAAGGUCACUAUGCUGGCCAGUUUGGAUAAGAGCGAGGCAAAUAUGAAGUUCCUACAUAGGGGGGAAAUUACUAACACGCAGGGGGAGGUGGGUAGAGAAAGGUUCCUCCCAAAUGAGGAGCAUUCAAAGCACCCACACCAUGGGAAACAUGGUGGUGAAGCUCAUGGGCAUAAAUUCUCUCACGGAUCAAAUAACGGAUCGACUCCUAAUCAGCACCACGUGCAAAGUAGAAGCGAUAGGAGUGCACCCCUGACCAACUACGAAUAUAUGAACCUGGAGGAAUUAGGUAAAAGCGGGAGGGAAGACAUCAUGAGUAGCUUCCCCUUCAGUGCGUAUGAUCCCAAUUGGGGAACCGAAAGACAAAAAGUCGAUAUGCGUGAUGAAGGGGCAGACACUUUUCUGAAUUACCACCCCAUGAAUAUACAAGGGGGGAAGAAUCCUAUCCGAAUAAGGAAUAACGCAGCGUGUUGUAUUCCCGUGGGAGACCAUCCCGGUGGAAGAUACUUAGACGGGACCGAAAGGUAUGACGCCAAUUGUACGGUACGUAGACAAGCAUGUCGAGGCGGUGAAAGCACUAAUGCGUUUUCGGAUGGUGUGAUAUACACUCCAGGGGGAGAGGAGACCCAUCUGGCAGAAGGCAACAGACACACGUCCGUCAUAAGGACGGAGGAACAAACGGCCAAUAGCAACCAUGCACCGUUUAGUAAUAGCAACGUGCAGCUUAAUGGGUACAACUGUGUGAGCAAUAUACGGGGGAAAAAAUCUUUCGACGAUUUCAGCACUUUGGUGAAGACACACAAGGAAGAUUCGUUCAAUGUGGUGGCACCACUGGUGGGUAACUCAGCUCAGAAUGACUCCUAUGAGGGUGACGCUUUAAUGUUCACGAAAGGAGAGUUGGAAGAAGAGGCGGCAUUCUUAAAGUUCGAAGGGGAGUUCAAGGAAAAUUUCUUUUUUGAUGAGAUGUUUAGCGGGAUUGGUCCCACUGCAGCUGUGACGAAUGGCACGAUGGGUGGUGAAGAUUGUGCAGAAGACAAUUGCGAAAAUCGGGGCGACCCCUUCAACAGUCACGCUGACAAGGAAGGUGAUAACGGAUGUAACGGAAUCUACAGCAACAGUGACACAACUAAUGUGAGCUUCAAUGCCCUGGAGAGCAACCAAGUGGUUAAGUGCAACGACGCAGAGAAUUUGGUCAUGCAAAAUGGGGUCUUUAAGGGGAGUACAACAAUGGCACCCACAGGAGGGGGAGAAGAAGAAGGAGGCAACGAUGGGGUGUCCCAUAAUCCACGUGAUGACAACCUUCUGGAUGAUGGCUUUAACUUAUUCAUUAGUAAUGAAGACCUCUUUGGAAAUCUAUGUUCUUCCGGUAGGGGUCUAGCAGAUGGAGUUUCAAACGGAGUGGGAAAGAAUGGGGCUCAUUUCUACCCCGACGAAAGAGGCACAGGUGGUAAGGUCGAUGGUGAUUAUCUACGUGACGCACCGGAAGACCACCAGGAAGAUAUCGUGAGGAACUUACUUUACAGUGACUCCUACCUGCACAUGAACGACCUGGACACCCUAACCUUGGAACCCCCCACCUCCAGAGCAGAACCCGUUUUUUCUACCAACUGCUACAGCACCUGUGCAGGGGAAAGUGGUGACAACGAUUCCUUCAUGGCCUACAUAAAAAAGUUCCUGAAAAAUAACUACCUAAAUGAUCAUAAGAACUACAUGGAGCUGUUUUACCAGACGGAGGGGGACGCAGGUACGACGGCAGCAGCAGCCGAAGGAGACGCCCCCGUCAGCAUAGAACCAAGUGAUCCCCAUCGCGUAGAUCAGUCCAAUCGGGUAGGCAUCCAAACGGGCCUGGUGAAGAAUUUGCCCAACUGCAAGGACGUCAGCGUGGACGCCCACACGGGUUCUCACAUGGGUUCACAGAUAGGUUCACAGAUUGGUUCACAGAUAGGUUCACAGAUUGGUUCACGGAUUGGUUCCCACUUGGGUUCCCACCUAAGUGCCGACUUCGGCUUCGAUUUGGACCCCCAGAACGACGGCACGAGCGGCCCACUAGGGGGAGGAGUUUCACCCGUCGACGCAGAUAAAAUGAAUAGCAUAAAAAAACAAGACGAGGGGGACUACCAUUUAGAGAAUUUUGCAUGUGACUCCUGUAUAAAUCACGUCUUCAAGUCUUUGGAUCAGACACAUAACGAUGUCCCUACUUCCCAUGGGAGAGGCGGCGUGAAUCCCCACUAUGACGUGGUAGACAAUUCUGUGGAACAGAUUCAGCAGAUUGAGCAGAUGGAUCCACUGGCCUACUCCAGUGUGUACAAUUGGGUUCAGGAGGUAGACAAAGCCAUGGAAGGUGAUAAGGGUCAGGUAGACACCAAGGUUAGCAUUGUAUCUAGUGGGAAGUAUGGUGAGGGAAGGCGAGUCGGCGGCAUGGAUCGUUCACACGGAGGAGAACCCCCGAAGGAGGUGAGUUUGAAUAGUGCAUCUAACAUCACCAACAGGGCUAACAAUGGCAACAGCGUCAACAUUGCUGACCUGCGGGAGGACAAACGGGAGUAUCACGAGGAGAAGCGCGAAUAUUGCGAGGACGAAGAAAACGUCCACCUGCGGGAAGGGGAAAACUGGGUCAUGGGUCCGGGGACCCACUACACGGCCAGAACGGAUGGGUCAACAUGCGUGAACUACAGGGAGGGGAGAAGCGACUUUCGAAGCGAUCUCCGAAGCGACGUGCGAAGUGACAAUCGAGUAAAUCAGUUCAAGGAUAAGACCAGAAACGGAGGCAGGUUCCCGAAAGGAGAUAACGUAUACUGUGGGCAACCGCCCCCCUUCCUGAAUCAUGCCACGUUGAAGAAAAAAGAGGAGAGCGAUCCCUUUUCCUCGUUCGACAAGAAAAGAUCCAUGCAGAGGGUGCCGGAUCAGAACUCCGGGGGGGUGAGUUACCCACAUGGCACUCACAACAACGCAACUCCGAUGGUGGAGUGCCUACCCUACAGUGAGCAUUUCCCACCUUACCCUCCGAACCGGCGUUAUGCAGAAAAAAUGAACAGCCUGGACGGGAACAUCAAACCGAACAAUGGUAUGUCUAGCCGUGCAGAUUUUUACGGAGAACCACGUGGGGUGUAUUCCAUGGCUAGCUGCUACGAUGGAGUCACUCCAUCGGUUAGACAAAGAAAUCAUAUAAAGGGAAACAAAGCAGAUGAGAAGAAUCCGCAUGGAGUUGUUCGUGGGAGAAUGCCUCCAGGUAACAAACGAGGGGGAGUAAAUGGUGCGGUCAUGACUGAUGGGAUGAGGACCCCCUCUAUGGGAACACCAAUGAAUGGGAACAACUUAAACACCUACGUGCCGAACACAAGGGGUUCUGCAGUAACUACGCCAUCCGCAGCGGCAACUACAACGCAUACGUGCAUCGGUGAGCCGUUAAAACGAACCCACGUGGAUGACAAAACGAUGAAGUUUAUUUUUAGUGGAGAUGGAAAGGAGAAAACUACUCCGAAAUCGCACAACGAUUGGACGAUGUUCCAGGGGGUCUGUGGCACACCGAGCAUAGCUAACGUGACGAAUGGACCCAUCCCAUGUAGCAGCAGCAGCAGUCCCUUUGGGGGCAUGUUACCUUCGGACGGGGAAGACCAUAAUAAUAAGAACAGUUUCAAACAGGAGAACAAGCAACAGAAUGAGCACAUCCCAUUUGAAAAGGAAGGAUUUAAUAACCGCACCAACUGCGUUAAGACUAACGAAAACUACAACAGAAGUUUACCCCUCGAUGAAAAGAACUACCCAGGGAUGAACUUUCCUAAGGGGGGGGUGGGUUCCAUCCCAAGGAAGAAGGACACAGAGCAUAAUACACAAAUGGUCGGGGUGAUGAAAACACCUAACAGUUACAAAAAAACGUUUGAUCAUUCUAGUUUGAUGGGAAAAGGUGGCUGCAGCCAGGAGAAGGCCUACGGCGAGAUGGAUACUCGUUUGGAUAACCGUUUCGAUAAUGGCCAGUACAGCAGGAGGUUACAGAACGUGCACCACUACAAUGGGGGUUGUUCCCCUGACACGAUAAGCUGCGGCGUUAGCCCUGUUGGAGGCCACGGGUUCAAUUCGCCUCAGUUCGUUAACUACCAGAAUGGGAUCGAAAGGGACAGGGAAAGAAAAGGGGGACACCACGUGCAUUCGGGAGUACACCUUGGGGUGACUAUGGGUACAUCGCUCAGCACCAAUAUGAACGCUCACCCGCAUGUGGCGUCUCCCCGUCAAGGCGUCCGAAAUUGCAGCGACCUGAAGGGGAAGAAGUACACCAACGGAAAUGUCGGUCCCGUGGGCGAUUUUGGUGGCAGCCUCUUAGGUGCGAACGGCAGGGGUGGAGCAAUGAGCGGAGUGACGCCCCAGAAUAGCUUUGCCAAUGCGAAUCUAAUGAACAACACACACAUGAUGGAUUACAGCUUCCCCAACAAGGGCAGUCCCACUUCCCGAUGCAUAUCAGACAGCGCAACGCUGGAGACACAUAACCUAAACAGUCAAACGGUGAAAUUCAAUAACGCCCUCAUGUCCAGCUACUUGAACAACGGCUCCCCCAUGAUGGAGAAGAGCGGUGCGAUUUAUAAGAACAAAAUGAGUAGCGAUGACGGGGGCUGCAACUUAGUGGAAAAGAUAAAGACGUAUGAAAAAAUGAAGUCUGAUUCGAAGGUACAGAAUGGUAGCUUUGCAUACGACGGUGGGAAGGGCAAAGACCAGGUAGGAGUCCCUCACAAGGGGACCACCCCCGGGGGGGCUACCUGCGGAAACGGCAUCAUUGGCAGUAUUGGCAAUAUUGGCCCGCAUGCAAAUAUACACACGAACGUUCAUACGGGUAGCCACGCGAAUGUUCACGCGAACGUUCAUGGGAACGCCCAAUCGAGUAGAGGCAGCAGCGCUAACGGAGAGGGCCACCCCAAGGACAACAACCCCCCCCUACUCUACGACGAGAAGGAAAAACUGCUACAAAAGGAUGCAACCAAAUUUGGGGAUAAGCUAAGCCCUGUUAAUGGAAAAAGUUUCACCAACAUAAAGAACAAUUACCAGGUACCGAAUGAGCCUCCUUCCUCAGAUAACUUCGUUGUCAUAAAAAAGUAUACAGCUAAGUAUGAGAUGCAAAUUGAUCCCUUCAACGGGUUCGAUAUAGCGAAACGAAUUAUUGGACUUAAAGGAACAAACAUGAAAAAAAUUUGCAUCGACACGGAUUGCAAGUUAAGGUUAAGAGGUAGGGGUUCAGGGUACUUAGAAGGGGAGGAGAAAAAGGAAGCCAAUGAAGCGCUACACCUGUGUGUAUCCUGCCAAAAGUAUGACCACUAUGUACUAGCGAAGAAGCUCAUCGAGCAACUGCUCGUGAAAAUCUACAUGGACUAUGACACAUGGCUGUAUAACCACGGAAAGCCCUACGCGAACUUGAAGCCGAAGACGUAUGAGAAGUUCAUUCCCCUGUUUAAGUUCAACCAGAACGGCAACGGGAAGCAGCCCAACGUGAACCAGAACUGA